UCUCUAGUCUUCAUGCAUUUUUCCUUUCCCUUCUCUAUAUAAUUACCAAAUCCUCAUUACUCUUGCUGCCAUAACCUUCUCUCACCAAUGUCUCGCCCAACUCCGCCGCAAACUUUGCCGUCCCCGGCGCCCUCCACCGAUGACAGAUGUACCUUCUUCAAUCAAUCCAUGGAGCUCGUCCAACUCCCAUACCAGAGGUCAGCCGGAGCCCACGUCUCCCGCAGCCCCUCCCUCGCUGACCUCCUCAAACGCGUCGAAGAUGCUCAAAACGAUGCCGGCUCCCAAUCCCACCACGUCCUCGACCUCGCUCCUCCUCCUCCUCCUCCUUCUCAUUCCUUCGUCCUUUCCUUCACCCACUUGACUUAUAGCGUUAAAGUCCGUCGCAAAAUGAGCCUGUCCUCUUGCUUCUCUCCAAAACACAUGGAUUUGGAUUCCUCGCCGGAAGUUCAUGGUGUGGCUGAAUCUGAAUCGAAGACUACCAAAGUUUUGCUCAAUGAUAUUUCCGGCGAGGCCCGUGAUGGAGAAAUCAUGGCCGUUCUAGGCGCCAGCGGGUCUGGCAAAUCAACACUGAUCGACGCCCUCGCCAACAGAAUCUCCAAAGAGAGCUUGAAAGGAAUGAUCACGUUAAACGGUGAAGCUUUGGAUUCCAGUCUUCUGAAAGUGAUUUCAGCUUAUGUCAUGCAGGACGAUCUUCUCUUUCCCAUGCUCACUGUGGAAGAGACCCUCAUGUUUUCCGCUGAGUUCAGGCUUCCUCGCUCCCUCUCUAAGUCCAGAAAGAAGGCCAGAGUCCAAGCUCUCAUCGACCAGUUGGGUCUCCGUAAUGCCGCCAAUACUGUCAUCGGUGACGAAGGCCACCGUGGCGUCUCCGGAGGUGAAAGACGUCGCGUCUCCAUCGGAAUUGAUAUCAUUCAUGACCCGAUCGUCCUGUUCCUCGACGAACCCACUUCAGGCCUUGACUCCACCAGCGCAUACAUGGUCGUCAAGGUGCUACAACGAAUAGCUCAAAGCGGAAGCAUCGUCAUCUUGUCCAUACACCAACCAAGUUACAGAAUCGUCGGAUUAUUAGACCGGUUGAUUUUCCUCUCACACGGUCAAACUGUAUAUAGUGGUUUGCCGGCGAAUCUGCAGCGCUUCUUCUCGGAGUUCGGACACCCGAUCCCCGAUAACGAGAACCGCACUGAGUUCGCCCUCGACCUCAUUCGUGAGCUCGAACAAAACAAUGGUGGAACCAAAGGCUUAGUGGAGUUCAACAAGUCUUGGCAGUCGAAUCAACUGAAAAGCAAACCCAACGGCCAUGAAACCUCCAUUAAUGGACAAAGGGUUUCACUCAAGGACGCCAUUGGCGCGAGCAUUUCUCGAGGCAAGUUAGUCUCUGGGGCGCCAAAUAAUUCGAAUCUCACAAUGUCAUCGUCUGUUCCAACCUUUGCAAACCCUUUCUGGAUCGAAAUGGCUGUGAUAGCGAAGCGAUCGCUGAUCAAUUCCAGAAGGAUGCCCGAACUGUUUGGCAUUCGAUUCGGUGCAGUUCUCAUAACCGGAAUCAUCCUGGCCACUAUCUUCUGGCAUCUCGACAGUUCUCCUAAAGGUGCUCAAGAACGAUUAGGUUUCUUCGCCUUCGCCAUUUCCACUACCUUCUACACCUGCGCCGAGGCUAUGCCCGUCUUCCUCCAAGAGCGAUACAUCUUCAUGAGAGAAACCGCCUACAACGCCUACCGUCGAUCCUCGUACGUUCUGGCCCAUUCAAUCAUCUCGAUACCAUCCUUAAUUUUCCUCUCCUUAGCAUUCGCCGCCACGACGUUCUGGGCGGUGGGUCUGGCCGGCGGCGCCUCGGGGUUCUUCUUUUACUUUUUGAUCAUCGUGGCGUCUUUCUGGGCAGGGAACUCCUUCGUGACGUUUCUUUCAGGAGUGGUUGCCCACGUGAUGUUGGGCUUCACCGUGGUGGUUGCCAUUAUAGCAUACUUCGUGCUGUUCAGUGGGUUCUUCAUAAGCAGGGACAGAAUUCCUGCGUACUGGAUAUGGUUUCACUAUAUUUCACUGGUGAAGUACCCAUACGAGGGCGUUUUGCAGAACGAGUUUGACAUUCAGCCUCCGAGGUGCUUCGUGAGAGGGACUCAGAUGUUCGACAUGUCGCCGCUGGGGGCGGUGCCGGAGACACUGAAGGUGGAGUUGCUGAAGAGUAUGAGCAAGACGCUAGGGAUGGACAUAACGAGCUCGACGUGCGUGACCACGGGAAUGGAUAUACUGAAGCAGCAGGGGAUUACGGACCUGAGUAAGUGGGAUUGCCUGUGGAUAACCAUUGCAUGGGGAUUUUUCUUCAGAUUUCUGUUUUAUCUGGCUUUGAUGUUUGGAAGCAAGAACAAGAGGACCUAAUAACAUAUGGUCUGAGCAAUGCGACGUUGUACGAAGUGCGGAUUUUUUUCCCCAUACAUGUCAAAACGAAAAUUACAUUAGUCAAAGAUUGAGGUUUUUUUUUUGUUUGGUCCAAAAGGAUUGAGGUGAUUAAUUGUUCAUGUGGUCCUAGCUCUUAAACAUCUAUGACUUGUAUCUUACACUUGCCAAAAGAAAAAGCAUUUA